AUGAAGGGUAUCGAAAAGAAGACGAGACGAAUGAAAAGUGGGAAGAGUUUGCAAACGAAAGGCGAGGAGCAAAUAGAUGGAAGGAGCAAAGGGACAAGUGAUGAAGCUGAUCGGGUGCAAGGAACGAUGGAACUCGCAGAUUUGGAGUUGGAUCAAGGAACUCAUUUACUAACGCCAGUGUUAAUAAAUUCAAAAUUAAUAUAUUAUGAAGAAUUCACUGUGAAUGAUAUUGCAAUGAUGUUUAAGUCGCUGGCUGAAAAGAUUCUCAAGCUUCAAUCCCAAAACACAAUGUUGAAAAACCAAAACUGUAUUCUAAAUGCCAAUUUGUCGAAUCUUACGGAAAAAGUUGAUGGCUUGGAGGAGAAUCUCAAAUUGUUAUCAUCUCAACCUAAAGAAUCACCAAAACCUCCUACUACAUUAAUUAAAACUUUUGCUUCAGCUGUCGCCUCAACCAUCUCUGCUCCAGAAUCCCAAAUCACUUUCAUGCGAGCUGCCUCAUUGGCUAACUCUGAAGAUGCACGGAAAUCGAAUGUGAUCAUCAAAAAUAUCGACCUUUCGGAAGAAGCUAUUGAGAAAGCUGAAUUCGCCUCUAAAACUGCCAAGGACUGUGGUACUUCGACGCCAUCGGAGAUUCGUUGUCAUCUUUUGGUAACAAUUGUCCCUGAUCCCGACGGUUCGGAAGAGUUUCAUCAGGGAAACUCAUUACGUCACCCUAGAUCUCGUCUGACACCCGCCGAGGUGGAGGUGUGA